AUGUUUACAGCUAAAGGCCUUGUGCGGUACAUAAAGGGUGAGCGCGAACACGGCAAGAAAUUGGAACGACGAAUAAGUCAGCUGAUUCCAAAUCUGGAGUUCUUACUGUCAGAGAAAAACAGAAUUGAUCAAUCCACAGAGAAAACCGAUUUUUACCAAGUGAUGACGGAAGAAAUCGCCGUCAUCAAUAACGACUGUAUCGAGCUCCUCAGCAAGUACACAAAGCUCACCAAAAACGAACUGAGCCCAACAACUUCGAGCUUGAGCAUUGAAAUGCUCAACGACGUGAAAUCGAAUGCGCAGACAUUCAAAUUCCGCAAGCUCGCGAAGCUGAGCCGAGACGUGGCUAAGCUGAACAAGCGUGCAUCGGAUGCUGCGGUUAAACUGAGACCGGAGCACAUGAUACAGAAGAAGGCGAGGCCGAAUCGGGAGAAGCUGGAUGAAGAUGCUAAUGCUCUCCCCGUUUUCGAUAAAUACGUGGAUGAGAUUAUGGAGUACCUGUUUGACGAUGAGGCAUACAACUUUGUUGGGAUCCACGGCCGUGAAGGAGCGGGGAAAACAACCGUGUUGCGAAAGCUGUAUAACCGGCUGCUGGAAGAGUCGCUUUCCGGCGACGAAGAAGGCCUCAAGUUGGACCACAUCAUCCGGAUAGAUUAUCCACCAGUUUCGGAGACAGAAGAAGAUAAAAAUAUUGUGGAGAUUUUGCAGCAGGAGAUCAUGGAGCAGCUGGAGAUACCUCAUGAGGGUUCCAAGAGUAUAGUUAGGAAUGCAAACACAAUCUCCACAUUUUUGUGUGAUAAGAAAUAUGUGUUGCUCAUGGAUCACGUCUCCAAAUCCAUCGAUUUGGAGCACCUCGGAGUGGAACAAAACCACAAGGAUAAGAAGGUGGUGGUUUGUUCAUCGGAGAAGCAGGUGCUCCGCAAGAUGACGGAGCACAACGUGGAGAUACGGAGGCUGGACAAGAGCGAGGGGAUGGAGCUGAUCCAGAAUAUCUGCGGCAAGCUUUACGACCGGAAAAGUGAUAUUGCCAAGAGGAUCAUCGAGUGCUGCGAAGGGAUACUGCUGCUGAUUCACCUUGUGGCUGUUGAGCUCGAGGAUAAAAAAGAUGAUGACUCGUGGAAUUAUAUGCUGCGGAGCUUGCAGUCCAGGCCCAAGUCUCCUGAAUUGAUCAGCCUAGGGCCUUAUGCCAAGGUUUAUGAGAUCAAAUAUGAAGGGCUGACAGCAGAUGCUAAGAAGUGCUUGCUCUACAGUGCGUUAUUUCCACUUCAGCACAAAAUCAGCACAGAUUAUCUUGUAGAAUGUUGGAUUGCAGAGGGGUUCAUUGCUGAAGAAGCAGACCAGAAAGUAACGGCUAGUAGGGAGCGUGGACAGGUGAUUCUGGACAAGUUAACAGAUGAUUACCUGCUGCAAUGGCAUUCUGGGAAAAAAUGUGUCGUGAUGCAACCAAGUUUCAGGAGGGUUGCGCUGGAGCUGGACUAUCCGGGCGAGGAAAGAUGCGCGAAUUGGGUGCCAUCCAAGGAUCGGAAGCCUGAUGAGGCGGUUUGGGCAACGGUCAGAAGGAUGUCGUUGAUAGGUUGCAAGAUGGAGCUGCCAAAGUGUCCAAAAUGCCCCAACAUGUACACCUUGCUGCUGCAGUCCCUCAAGCAGGAGGCGGAGCGCCUUCCUGAGUCCUUCUUUGCUCACAUGGAGAGCCUUAAGGUGCUGGAUUUGAAUCAGAUGGAGAUAACGACGCUACCAGGGUCAAUCGGGAAGCUGGUGAACCUCAAGAGUCUGUACCUGAAUGGAUGCCUUGGCAUUGUUGCUCUUCCGCCUGAAGCUGAUCGUCUUGUGAAGCUCGAGUUCCUCGACAUCUCUGGAACGUCGAUCUCUACGUUGCCAGAAGUGAUCGGGUGCAUGGUUAACAUGAGAUGCCUGAGAGCUUCUUUAUCUGCAAAAGGAGGCAAACAACUGGAGGUGAUAAUCCCACCCGGUAUCAUCAGCAACUUGAGAAAUCUUGAAGAGCUGAGCAUUGUUACAGAUUUUGAUUUCCAAGGUGACAAUGGUAUUGCUGUGGCUGAGAGACUGGCAAAGGAAUUGGCUGACUUGGAGCAUUUAAACACUCUAUGCUUCAACUUCCCAAAUGUGAGCAGCCUUGAAACAUUUGUCACUAAUAGCAAGGCCUUGAAGAACAAAAAUACAUUUUGGGAAACUCAGACUUUCCGAUCAUUCCAAAUUUUUGUUGGUCGUCAUGAGACACCACGACGCUGUCAGGAACCAGAGCUCUCAGGGAUGCUAGCUGAGAGAUGGUUGAGAUAUUCCACCAAUGAGGAGUUCUCUCAAUCUUGCGAGGAGCUACUGAAGCAGGUCAGUGCUUUAGAGAUAAUAGGCCAUGAUGGUCUGAAGAGCUUCACCGGCAGCCCAUUCGACUUGGAUCCGGUGAAAGUCUGCGUGGUUGAACGCUGCAACCGUUUGGAAAAUAUCGUGGACGGGUACAUAACCUGUGAGAAUCCAGAAAGUUUGCUUCCCAACUUGGAGAAGCUUUACUUGUAUGAUCUUGAGAUGCUGAAAUGCAUUUGGGACGGGCCCGUUCCUCGCAAAAGUCUUGUUAACUUGACAUCCAUAACUGUGGAUGGUUGCCCCGAGUUAACAAAGAUUCUUGAUCAUGGAUUGGCUCAGUCUCUGGAGAAACUAGAGUAUCUCAAAGUGGAGAACUGUGGUCAAAUUUCAAAGAUCAUAGAGGGGUCUGGUGAAAUUUCUGAGGAUGUGGAGCUACUAAAACGUUUGAAGAGGAUUGAAGUGUCAAACUUGCCAGAGCUGGAAUGCAUAUGUGAGAAUACUUCUUCAAUAAGCUGGAAAUCACUGAAAUCCAUCAUUGUCAAGAGGUGCAGCAAGUUGAGAGAUCUGUCUUUGGCUUACACAAAUGCCAGAAAGCUACCAUCAAUCCACUGUGAAGAGAGUUGGUGGAAUACACUUAUUUCGGAUGAUCAACUGAAGCUAAUUAGGGUUUAUUUCAUCAAGGAUGAAUCCAUUGAAGCCGGAGCCCAAUCAAGACGAGAAGAAGCAUCAACCAGUGCCAGUGGGAGGCCAGAUGCUAUAACUGCGGUGUCAAGCAUGAAUAUAGAUUAUGAAGUAGUGAUCGAUGAUAGACCGACUUCAAGUUCAGAGAAAUACGAGGAUGAAGAAUUGUGUUUAGAAGGUAAGAAGAUGGAGCAUGAACACCCGGCCGGAACUUCUGCUGGUGCAAGCUCGACAGAAGUCGAGCUUCAGAAGGAAAACGUUGACGCCACUCCGGCAGAAAAUCAAGGAAGCGGACCAAUAUCCACUUCAGAAAGUAAGCUGGUUCCAAAGACUUUCCCAGUCGACUCAAGCUCUUCUUCCCUUUCAAUAUUCGAAAUCAAAGAUAUCUUGGCGAAGACCAGUGAAGCAAAGAUGCCCAGAGAAAUUCAGGAAGCAGAUGAUCCGAGGACUUCGACAGAUACAAAGUACUCUGGCGAGCAACGAGAAACUGAACCUACUUCUUCAUCAAAUGCAAAAAGAAGUAUGCAUCACGAGGAGAGUAUUGCAAGGCCUAUUUAUUUUCAAGAGGAGGGACAUUAUUUGGUUGUUCUAAAGGAUAACAAGCAUCUGCAGCUAGAAUUCAAUAGCCAGAGUUUCUCCAUUGCUGAUCAUCCAUCUGCAGUGAAUCCUAUGCUAAGUUUGGUAGAGAAAGACUUGCACGAGCUACCUGAGAAGCCAAACUACCCAAAUUCGUUGAUUUUACUCCUACAGAGAAACAAGCGUCUAAGCCUCAUUCAUCGAUCAUUCUUCAACACAAUGCCAGAUUUGAGUUUUCUGGACAUGUCCGAUACCAAGAUCAGGAAAUUACCUAGUUCGCUCUUCGAGCUCUCGAAGCUUAAAGUGUUGCUGUUGAGAAACUGCAUUUGUCUCGAAAAGCUUCCCCCUGAAGUAAGAAAACUCAGCAGUAUGGAGGCGUUGGAUCUUUCGGGUAGUGAACUUUAUGAACUUCCUGAUGAAAUCGGUGAGCUUACAAGUCUGAGGAGCAUGCAGCUGUCUUUUUAUGGACCUGAUGAUGAAAGUGAAUACGAAGAUUUGCCAUCUCGAUUGGUUUCUCCCAGUUUUUUAUCAGAGCUCAAAGGAAUAGAAGCACUAAGCGUUAGCGUGCACCCUGAAGAUCAACGAUGGACAGAAUCAGUUGCAGGCAUAUUAAAGGAUAUCAGCAGGUUGGAGAGGUUGAGUUAUCUUCACUUCUACUUUCCUCAAGUAGAAACGUUUGAGAGUUUCAUUCAAACGAGCCCUGCGUGGAAGAAGCAGAGCUUAAGGAAGUUUGAAUUUACUGUCGGCCAAAAUGUGAAGCGAAUUGCCUCUCGAGUCCCAGAUGAAGUGGAAUCUUUGUUCAGUCGAGAAGAGAGAUGCUUGAGGUAUGUUAAUGGCGAUAAGGUAUCGCCAUUGAUUCAAUCCGCGCUCACUCAUGUCACGUCGUUCUACUUGGAUCAUCACACUGAAGCCCAGAGCUUGUCUGAAUUCGACAAUUCUAAUUUCCAUGAGUUGAGAUUCUGUCUCGUGAGAGAAUGUCCGAAAAUGCAGGCGAUUUUGGACGAGGAAAAUGCAGGAAGUGCAUUUCCAUGUCUAGAAUAUUUGGGAAUCUACUUCCUGUGGGAGCUGAAGCAAGUUUGGAAGCCGGCCCCACAAGCGGGGCGAGUGAAGAGAAUCUUUAAGACGGCCACGCCUUUGAGAAGCUUUGAAGCUCUUAGGUAUCUUACAAUCAGCACAUGCCCUAAGCUACGCUUCAUACUUUGGGAAUCCAUGCUUCAGUGUUUUGCCAAUCUAGAGGAGCUUGUUGUUGAAGACUGCGAGCGCGUGGAGGAGAUAAUCAAAGAGGAAAAAAAGAAGGUGAAGUAUGAGAACAACGCUCUUCCAGGUUUAAGGAAGCUCGUUCUUCGCUAUCUACCUGAGUUGGUUGGUCUUGGCUGUGGCAUUCGUUUGUCUGAAGAAAAAAUCAGUGUCUAUGGUUGUCCUAAGUUGAUUCCCAACUCUUAGCUUGUGAUGUAGGAUUU